AUCCACUCUCGUCAGUGGAGGAGUGCCAAGGCACUCAAAGGGGUAAUGGACGAGUUAGUGGCUAUCCCUGACCAGGGGGUCACAGAGACCAACUUGUCAACUUGGCUACCGGGCUAUGCCCGAAUCGUUACGAGGGCACUUCUUUGAGAAGAGCCAGCAGUCKACCAUGACCUACGAUGCGUUGAGCAGGGAAGUGGUAGCUUUUGAAGCACGGUCCAUGUUAGUUUCCACCUUCUGGCACAAGGACCUUGACAAAGGGAAAAAGUGGAAGGGUCACACUAUCUCGGGGCAGAUCAAGACCAAGUAUCGUCUGCUCCUCACGUUAGACGAGGGUAGUGUGGAAGAAGUCCCCUAUGACCAAAUAGAGUGGGGGCUAGAGGAGGAGAAGGAAGACAGUAGCGUGAGUCAGGGGAGGACUUACACUGCUGUCGCAACCGGAGGGAGGCCGCAAGGAAGAGGAGGAGGCCAGGGCCAGGGGGGGCGGGCCUCAGGUGGCYGUGUCCAGGGCGAUCAGGGGGUUGGCGGUAGAGGAGGAAACCGCCAAGCGGGAGGAAGGGGUCAAGGUCCCCCGCAAAACCGUUCUGGUAACCGUUCACCCAAUAGGGGUGUUGAUAACACCUUGGCACAUUGCUGUCUAAGUGCUCCUACGUUCGCACGAAUGGUGAAAAAGGAGAACUUAGAAGAACAGGUCUUCGUAGUUUACGUCAAGCCUGUCACUGAGCCUAAGGAGGAGAAGCCCAUUGACCCAGCUAUUGCCAAGCUGCUGGCGGAGUUCAAGUAUUUAGCAGAGCCGCCGACAGGAGUAGUACCGCGGCCCAUCAAGCAUCGUAUUGAGAUAGAGCCUGGCAGUAGGACUCCCAAAGGAGACAUUUACAGGAUGUCCCCGCGGCAGUUAGAGGAGUUACGCAAACARUUAGACGAGCUCCUAGAGAAGGGUUGGAUUAGGCCCAGUUCAUCUCCUUUUGGAGUCUUGUUUGUCCCCAAGAAGGAAGGGGAGCUCAGAAUGUGUAUAGACUAUAGGGAUCUCAAUGCUAUCACCAUAAAGAAUGCAGAGCCGCUGCCCCGUAUAGAUGAUCUUUUAGACCGGGUGCAGGGGUGCAAGUAUUUUUCAAAGAUAGAUUUGAAGUCCAGAUAUCAUCAGAUAGAGGUCCAUCCUGGUGAUCAGUAUAAGACCGCCUUCCGAACUAGGUAUGGGCACUAUGAGUUUAUAGUCAUGCCCUUUGGACUAACCAACGUGCCAACAACUUUUCAGCGUUGUAUGAAUGACCUGUUUAGGCCAUGGUUAGAUAGAUUUGUAGUAGUAUAUCUAGAUGAUAUUCUAGUUUUUAGCAAGACCCUCCAAGAGCACCAGGGUCAUCUGAGGCAGGUCUUGGAGAAGCUGAGAGAGGCUAACUUCAAGAUCAACCCCAAGAAGUGUGAGAGGGCAAAGACCCAGGUUUUGUACUUAGGCCACGUCUUAGACGGAGACGGCAUUAAGCCAAAGGAUAGCAAAAUUGCAGCGAUUAGGGAUUGGCCUACACCCCACACGCUGACAGAGUUGCGAUCGUUCUUAGGCCUAGCGAACUACUACAGGAAGUUUGUAAGCUGCACCCUUCGCAGAUUGCUAAGGAAAGAAACAAUCUGGAAGUGGGACAAGGAUUGCACGUCUGCCAUGAAGAAGUUGAAGCACGCGUUGAUAGAGUACCCAGUCCUUAAGGUCGCCGAUCCGUCCUUACCUUUCGUUGUUACCACUGACGCGAGCCAGUAUGGCAUAGGUGUUGUACUACAGCAAGACGAUGGCAAUGGAUAUAGACCCGUAGAGUUCAUGUCAGCGAGGAUGCCCUCAGAGAAGGUAGCCACCUCGACUUACGAGAGAGAACUAGACGCUCUCAUGCAAGCAUUAGAAUACUGGAAGCACUACUUGCUUGGGAGGCACUUCAAAGUCUAUUCAGACCACGAAACGUUAAGGUGGUUGAAGAGUCAGGCCAAGAUGACUCCUAAGCUGACUAGGUGGGCCGCGGAGAUAGACCAGUACGACUAUGAGCUCAAGCCAGUUAAGGGCAAGUAUAAUGUAGUUGCGGAUGCUCUAAGUAGGAGAUCAGACUACUUUGGAGCGAUAGUCCAUUUUCUGGAUAUAGGAAAAGACCUGCAACAGAAAGUUAGAGAGUCAUAUGCGCAGGACCCUAUCUACAGUGACCUUCUUAAGAAAGUGAAGGAGGCUCCAAUAACCGAACCAGAUUACAGCACUACUGACGAGUUGCUAUUUGAGAAGACUAAUGUAGUGGACCGACUGUGCGUCCCCAACAACGAAGAGAUCCGUAGUUUGAUCUUAGGGGAAUGUCAUGAUACAGAGGGACACUUUGGUUGGCCCAUAGACUCUAGCCAACCUAAUGCUUGCGUAUACCUGGCCAGGAAUGAAGAAUGACUGUAUAGAGUAUGUUCGCAGUUGCAAAGUUUGC